CUUAACUGAUAGAACAUUUUACGUGCUGACGGAUUUAAUACAGAAUUUAGCUUUAAAACAACUGAAAUGCUCUGUUAGAGAAUGGCUGGAUUAUGACAACGAAUGUGACGGAGGGGUUUCAUGUUAGUGUGCUACUACAGCUAUUUAAAUCCGUUUUUAUUGUAAAUGUUUCAUCUUCACAUCAUGGAACAAAGACGACACCAGACAUGGAGAGAGCGGACAAAGUGGGUUGUCUACAUGAUGGUUUUCGUUACAUUUUGGAGCAAAGCUUCAGGGCAAUUCCGCUAUUCCAUCUCUGAGGAAGUGAAAGAAGGAACUGCUGUUGGGAAUAUUGCUAAGGAUUUAGGUCUUGAUAAGACCACACUGAAAGAGAGAGGCUACCGUAUUGUCUACGGCACGACAGAGCCUCCUUUUCGAGUAAACCAGGACGAUGGUGUUUUGUAUGUAAACAAAAAAAUUGACAGAGAGGAAGUGUGCGACCGAAGCAAGGUUUGUGUAAUCGACUUAAAAACCGUGUUGGAAAAUCCCCUGGAGGUGCACUAUGUAGCAGUGGAGAUUCUGGAUGUAAACGACCACGCACCAAGCUUCCCCGAAAAUGAAAAGCUGUUGGAGAUUUCUGAAUCUGCGUUACCAGGAGCAAGAUUUCAGUUACAAGCUGCGCGCGAUGCUGAUAGUGGUUCAUUAUCGGUUCAGCAGUAUAAACUGAGUCAAAAUGAUAAUUUUCGUUUGGAAGUGAAGGAUCGUGGUGAGGACCGGAAGACUCCUAUUUUAAUUAUUCAAAAGUCACUUGAUAGAGAAUCUGCUAAGACCCAUGUGUUACUUCUGACAGCCAUUGAUGGAGGUAAACCUCCACGAUCCGGUAACAUGACUAUAACUGUUGAUGUCUUGGAUGUCAAUGAUAAUCCCCCAGUUUUCACCCAGGAUUCCUAUACUGUACAUCUGAAAGAAAAUUCCCCACUUGGUACAACUGUUAUUCGAGUUAAUGCAACGGAUUUGGAUGAAGGUUCAAAUGGUGAAGUUGUAUAUUCAUUUGGCAAUGACGUGGAUGCACGUACACGUGCAAGUUUUGAUUUAAAUGCCAUUACUGGAGUAAUUACAGUGGCAGGGUCGAUAGAUUUUGAAGAAUGUAGCAGAUAUGAAAUUGAUAUCCAGGCAUCUGACAAAGGUGCGGCUACACUAGCCACGGACAAAAGCAUUAUUAUACAUGUUGUUGAUGUAAACGACAAUGCACCUGACAUUGAAGUGACAUCAUUUUCACAUGCUUUACCAGAAGAUUCCAAACCAGGAACCACUGUGGCUUUAGUUAGUGUUAAAGACUCGGAUUCCGGUCUGAACGGAAAAGUUAUGUGUUACAUAAGCCAAGACCUUCCUUUUAUGCUCACUCCGUCUUUACAGAAUAACAUGUAUUCCCUGGUUACAAAAUCACUUUUGGAUCGAGAGCAGCAGUCGCAUUAUCAUGUAACAAUUGUAGGGAAAGACGCAGGUGAGCCACCCUUAUCAUCAGAAAAAAAUAUAAACAUUGUUGUGUCGGAUGUGAAUGACAACAGCCCAGUGUUUUCACAGAACCCAUACACUUUCUACAUAUCUGAGAAUAACAACCCAGGAGAGUCUAUUCUAUCUGUGACAGCCCGUGAUGAUGACGAGGGAAGUAAUGCUCUUAUUUUAUAUCAUAUAUUCAGGGACAGAGGUGGAGAACAUUUGUUUACCUCUUUUCUAAAUGUUAACUCUGAAAACGGAGAUAUUUCGGCGCUAAAAAGUUUUGACUUUGAAACACUGAAAACGUUCCAGUUCCAAGUUGUUGCCACAGAUUCUGGAACUCCUUCACUAAGCAGCAACGUCACAGUGAACGUGUUCAUUCUGGAUCAGAACGACAACGCUCCAGUCAUCCUGUAUCCAGUCAGCUCUAACGGUUCUGCUGAAGGUGUGGAGGAGAUUCCCCGCAAUGUGAACGCAGGACACUUGGUGACUAAAGUCAGAGCCUAUGACGCUGAUAUAGGAUAUAACGGCUGGUUACUGUUUUCACUGCAGGAAGUUACUGACCACAGUCUCUUUGCUUUGGACCGCUAUACAGGACAGAUCAGAACACUUCGCUCAUUCACAGAGACAGACGAGGCUGAGCAUAAACUGAUCAUACUGGUGAAAGACAAUGGCAACGUUUCUCUCUCAGCAACAGCUACUGUGCUUGUCAAAGUUGUGGAGCCCAAAGAGGCUUUUGCUGCUUCUGAUGUUAAAAGUGCAACAAGAGAUGAGGAGGGGACUGAUGUGACUUUUUACCUCAUGAUAACUUUGGGAUCAGUUUCUGUACUUUUUAUCAUCAGUAUCAUCGUGCUGAUUGCAAUGCAGUGCUCCAAAUCCACAGAAUAUACUUCUAAAUAUCUACAAGAGACUAAUUAUGAUGGGACACUGUGUCACAGCAUCCAGUACAGAUCUGGAGACAAACGCUACAUGUUAGUUGGACCCAGAAUGAGUAUAGGAUCUACUAUAGUCCCGGGCAGCCAUGCCAACACACUAGUGCUCCCUGACAGGAGACGGCCUUCUGGAGAGGUAAGAACAAUACUUUGA